AUGUCUGAAGAAAAAAUAAAAGUACAAACAAGUGACGGAGAUAUUAUUGAGGUUGAUCUUUUUGUUGCAAAACAAUGGGAACCUGUUAAAAAUAUAUAUGAAGUCUUGGAUAGUAAAGACGCACAAGAAAAUCCCAUUGAAUUAACCAAUGUUGGAACAGAAGCCUUAAACAAAAUAAUUGAAUGGUCAAUUCAUCAUAAACAAGAUAAAUUAAGUUCAGAAGAGAAUCAACAAAAUAGCCGACGAUAUGUUGAAAUUCCACAAUGGGAUCAAGAGUUUUUCAAAAUAAAACAAGAAAUGAUUUUUGAAAUUAUUAUGGCUGCUAAUUACUUAGGAAUGACAGUUUUACUCGAUAUGGCAUGUAAAACAAUAGCAGAUAUAAUUAAAGGCAAAACACCAGAAGAAGUUCGACAGACAUUUAAUAUUCCAAACGAUUUACCACCACUAAAAACACUAGAACAAGCCUCUAAUGAUUAA